UAGGCAGUUCCUCAAAUCUUCACACAUUCCACACACACUACACACUCCUCACACACUCACCCUGCAGGAAAACCCUUUGCUAUCACAGCAGCUGCAAACUGACUCACGUCUGCAGCCAGACUGCUCCCACCCUGCACUCCACUCUAAACUACACUCCUCUACACUCCUCCAGUCCCGCUCACACCACAGAGCACCCGACACUGUUAUGAAGAUGGAGUCAUCUCCGACAGUGCUCCCCACCCUGUCGUCCAAUCAGUCUAUGGAUGGCUGCACGCCUGCAGAUGGAACAGUGGAGAACCUGCUGUUUGGUGUCUACUACAUCAUUGUCUUCCUUCUGGCCCUCAACGGGAACAGCCUCGCCCUGUGGAUCUUCUCUCGCCAGAGAGGAACGUCAUCUCCGGCCAACGUCUUUUUGAUGCAUCUUGCCGUGGCUGACUUGUCUUACGUUAUCAUUUUACCACUUCGGGCUACGUAUCACUUGACGGGGGGACACUGGCCAUUCGGUGAGGUUCCUUGCAGAGUUGCAGGCUUCCUCUUCUACGUCAACAUGUACGCAAGUUUGUACUUCCUGGCUUGUGUAGCUGGUGACCGCUACCUUGCUGUGGUUCAUGCCGUAAGUUCGCUAAAAGUGCGGCAUGCUCGCUUUGCUCACAUAGCUAGCUUUGCUCUGUGGGCUCUGGUGAUUGUAUCUAUGGCUCCUCUGCUGGUGACCCAACAGACGACUGAAGUGGAUGGAUCUACAGUGUGCCUUCAGCUGUAUCGUGAAAAAGCCUCUCGUAAGGCGCUGAUCUCCCUCGCUGUCGCCUUCAUGCCGCCAUUUGUCGCCACGCUCUCCUGCUACCUGCUAAUCGUGAACAGUCUGCGGAAAGGCUCUCGGCUAGAACCGGCCCUGAAGCUCCGAGCUCUGCGCACUAUCGGACUGGUCAUGCUCAUCUAUGUGGUAUGUUUUCUACCCUAUCAUGUAAGUCGGGCCACUUUCAUCCUCGGUUAUGGUCAUCCGGAUCUGUCCUGUCAAAUAAAGCGAGGGCUAGCACUAGCUAACCGCCUUACAUCCUCUCUUACCUGCCUGAAUGGAGCGCUGGAUCCCCUGGUCUACCUGUUUGGAGCUGAGAAGUUCAAGGGCACCGUCCAAAGACUUCUUUGCAGGGAUAAAUCAGGGGGGUCUACAGCCACCAGUGGAGAACUUAAGGGGACACAUGAGAGCUCCCUCAGUGCUAAGUCAGAGUUCUGAGCAGCAAAUAUUUUCAUCUAUCUUUGUGACUAGAAAACAACUUCAUUUUGUUGUUGUUUAGACCUUCAUGUCUAAAAUCUGAACAUGUAUGAUGCGUUUCUUUUGAAAUUGGAUGUCAGUACUUCCAAAGUUCGUAAUUUCAACUGGAGCGCCCUAUAAGUCUGAUUUCCUACUCAGAAAGACUCUAGAGUGUUACGUACGCAGAGUUCAGAAUCAGAAUCACUUCUACCUAUAAGAGUCUAAUUAAAUCAUUUGUACACUCAGUACUCAGCCCAUCUGUGGACAUGUUUCUAAUGUGUUUGGAUGUGCAAAACAUACUGUAUAAAGCAUUGAUGUUAUUUAGGUCAGAUUCGCCAUAAAACACCAGUAAAUGGUUGUUAAAUUAAUUCUAAACAUUUAUUUGGAUCGCAGUGGCGUCAAGCUCAGCUCUGACAUCCAAUUUCUGGGGUAAAUCGAAAGCAGCAUUAAUUCAGGAGUAAUACAAUGCUCUUUGCCAGAAAUUACAAAGGAAAGUGAUGCAAAACCAAAAACUUUAGCUGAUCUAUUUGAUAGUGAUUUUAGUUUAAACCUGGACAUCAAAAAAGUGAAAGGAUUUUUCUGCUGAACAAAAUGCUUUGAUCACAUUGCUUCAGUCUUUAGUCCUUAUAUUUACUUGUGACAGCAAGCAGGUUUCCAGUUAUUUAUUUAAUUUCCAGUCAAUAUGAAAAGUAAGUGCAAGAUAUUCAUUUUCUCUCAAUAUUUCUUUUUUCUAAAGAAAUCUCCAGGCAACAUAUUCAGUUGCAGUAUUUACUAUUUUAGAUCCUUCAAAUAUAAUUUAGCGAAACACUUUAUGUGACAUUGAGGUCUUGACUCUGGGGUCUGUCCAUUGUUCUGUCCACAGCUGCAGCUUCAUCAGUUUGAUUAACAAAUGUUCCUUUUUGUAUGUUUAUUUUAGGAUUUUUUGAGUGGAAGGAUAAUCAGAAACACCUGUCAGUUCUUCGUAUUAUUAUUAUUUGGGAUUAUUUGGUACUUAAUGUCCUCAGAAAUCUCUCCAGAAAAAAAUAUUGGAUUCAGUUGUUAUGUUGACUGAAAAUUAAAUAUUUUGCUAUGUAACAUAUUGAGAUUUCUACAGCUAACUUUUGUAUAGUGUAUACUGUUGCUCAGUAACAGGGGCAUCACUAGACAAGAUUUAGUUUAGAUUUGUUCUUUAAUGUUUUUUUAUUCAACAAUACCUCUCCAUUUUCCAAGUGAUACAGCUCCUGCUGCUCCUCCUGCUACUGCUAAUCCAGCUCUGCUUUACCUGCUGAGAGAAAGACAGUUAGCUUAGCAAACUCUAAAUUCUUACAUUACUGAAGUAAAUUCAAGCUUUUUUCAUUAGAAUACAUCAUAAGAUAACUAUUUUCAAUAUAAAUCUGUAGAAAUUAACAAAUUGGGUAGCUAACAAUGCUUGUUUAUUGGCUAUCUAACAUUAGUUAGCUAGCUGUUAGCUAGCUGUGGGCUCUGUAGGUUCAUGUGGGGCACCAACUAUUGAAGUAAAGAAUAAAAUAGUUAAUAUUCAGAGAGAUAAAAAAAGGUUGUUGGCUCUUUAAAUUUCAUUUUUAUUUUUAUAUAUUUUUUAUAUUCUUCUAUAACUCUUAAAUGUUAGCUGGCUUGCCUUGCUAGCUUGUUAUUUAGUAUGUUAACUAGUUAGCUUGCUAGCUAAUGUCAUCAGUUAGCAAAGUUACCAUAGCAUUGAUCACUCAAUUUUUCAACAUACAGUACCAGUCAAAAGUUUGGACACACCUUCACACUUAGUGUUUUUCUUUAUUUCUUCAUUUAAUUUAUUUACUACAUGUUAGAUUUAUAUUAAAUAGAUAAAAACAGUAAAGGGACACUAUGUAUGAAAUUACGUAGUAAACAGUAAAAAAGUGUUUUUCCUCCACAUUAAUCCUCUGAUCUAAACCUGAUGAGCUGAGAUGGUGAUUUGAGGUGAUUUGGGAUGAGCUGGAGCUUCACAGCAUGAAUGAAAAGCAGCAACUAUUGUUCAGCACCUCCAGGAACUCCUUCAAGACGCUGAAAAACUAUUCCAGCUGAUUCUCCCUCAUGAAGACACUGAGAUUAAAAUACCAAGAGUGUACAGAUCUGUCCUGAACAAUAAAAAUGUGCUACUUAGAAGAAUCUAAAUUGUAAAACAUAUUCUGGUUUACAUGUGUUCCUGUAGAACUUUAAGGUUUUCAAUAUCAAAUUUACAAUGUAAAAAAUCAUAAAAAGAAAAAAAAAACAUUGAAUGAGAAGAGGUGGGUCCAAAGGUCUGAAUGGUACUGUAUGUAGGGAUGCACCGAUGUGGUAAUUCUGGGCCAAAGCCGAUAUGUAUCAAUAUUACAAAUAUGUAUAUUUUCCGAUGCCGAUACCUAUAUCUGAUAUACACUUAAAUAACUUACAAAUAGAUUAGACACACUGGUAUAUGUUUAGAAAUAAAUGUAAUAUUUAUAUGUCUUAUAUUUUACCUUUCAAUCAACUAUAUGCAACCAAUAUAAUAAAAGGUUUCUCCAGAGAAAUUUGUUUUCACAUUUUUUUUGUUUCAUAUUUAUGUAGCUAAUUGGUAACAUACCUUACGUAGACUGAUCACAGUUUUUAACCUUCUAUAGUAAAUGAACAGGUUAAAUAAAAUUAUCAAGCUAUUAACACUGUUAAAUAAAAAUAAAUAAAAAUGAGCUUGAAUCAAUGAAUUUGAAAGUUUUCGGUUUGUAUUAAUGCAGCCAGCAUUGCUUAGUCUUUUUUCCACAUACAAUAAAUACAUCAAUAAGUAUCGGUUUGAAAUACUGUACAAAAUAAUGGCAAUUAUUAAAAAAAAAAUGGUUUCAAUAUUUCAAUUUCAAUAUAGCUAGUGUUCCAAUAUAUGUCAAGCUGUUUUAUAAUGGCACCACUGAUACAAGUCCCAACUCAGUUUUAAAACUAAAAAAAUGACAUCUCUGAUAGACGUUUGACUAGUAGAAACUCUUACUUCAGAUAUCAUCUAUAAAAUGUUUACUAGUAAUAAUAUCAGAUCCACAUAUCUAUAAAUUCUUUAUAACUAGUAUUAGUUUACCACUGAUUUACAUGGAAUUUCUCUUAUCUUUUGGGUCCUGUACGAAUGACUAAAACUAUUACAAAUGCUAAAGAUAUCUCUAUUUAGUUCUGACAAGUAAUGUGCAUUUAGGAUAUGUACCGUUUAUCUGCAUAACAUAAUUGUAGAAUUCUAGAGAAUUUUGGAUAGGAAUUGUAAUGUUGUUUUUACUUGUCAGAAUUAGGAGUCGAGAUUACACAAUUUCUACUAGUAAUAAAGUGGAUUUUAUUAAUAAAAUGUAAUUAUAAUUUACUGAGCAUUACAGGCAUGCUGAACAUGAUAUUUUACUAGUAUAGAUUAAGUUAUUACUGGUAUCACUGGCAUCAUUUUACUUUAAAAGUAAAUUAAUAUUUAAAUAUGAAUAAUCUAGCAUUGCUUAACUUCUGUACCUUUGGUUACUGUUGUGUCUGUUAGAAGUUAAUGAAUGGAUGGAUAUAGUUUAAUACAAAUUAUAAAGAGAACCAUAUGUUCAUUUCACACAUUCAUGAUGAACAGACUUAUCCUUCAGUCCUCCUCCUCCUUUAACUUAACCCCCUUAUCUAUAACUCUCUAGUGAUGCUCUUGUUCACUAAACCAUGAUUUUUUUUAAAGGUUAAUGUUUACAUGAAUUAAGGGUAUAUAUGAAGUGAAUAUGAACAUUGUCAGCUGAUGCAACUUUUCAUUUAUUCUACUAACAAAACGUGUCAACUUGGAAGUAUAUGAAUUAUUAUUUAACUUGAAUGUUUCAACUUUUGGCAGAAAAAGAAAAAACUUAUUCAUGCAUUAAUUUGACUUUGCAACAUAUAGUAUAUUGUAUCUGAUAUCUAACCAUCUAACCAUAUAAAAUUCAUUUUCUACCAAUAUAAAAUCAAGCAUGUAUUCUCAUUAUGUAAUAGCCAUUGUUUUCUUUGUAAUGGAUCAUUUGUAUUGUGUUGUAUUGUAUGUAUUGUAUUGUAUCUUAUGCCUGUCAUUUCACUCAUGACCUGCUUUCACUUUUUAUGUAAAUGUAAGAAAAAAGAAUGAUAAUUUCUUCAUAUUCAUAUUUUAAUUUUCAUGUAUCUUUAGUUCUAAUUCUAAUAUUAGGGCUAGAAUAAUGUACCACACUUUGUUUUAUGUAUUAUAUUAUAUACUGCCAACGUACGGUGCUAUGCAAUUCUAAUUAUGCCUUUUGCUAAAAUUUGUCUUAUAUAUUAUGUCUUAUAUAUUAAAUCACCUCAAUGUGCUUAUUGUUUGUGAAAGGCUGAUUAUACACUAUUUAUUAUUCUUUAUCUCUGGGUGUGAUGUUAUGGGCUUUCGUGUUGUUGUAUUUCAGUAUUGCUUGUAUGAUACGUGCUAGAUGCACUGUUUUGCCAAUAUAUUUGUAAUCAUGGUGUAAAUUAAACUCUUCUGUAUUUUUA